AUGGGUAGCAUUGUUAUGGUGAUGUUAAUGUCUGAAUGUGAUAUGGAGAUGAUGAUGGCUGAAUGUAAUUUGGGGAUGGUGAUGGGUGGCUUUGUUGUGGUGAUGUUAAUGUCUGAAAGUGAAAGUGAUAUGGAGAUGGUAAUGACUAAAUGUAAUUUGGGGAUGGUGAUGGGUGGCUUUGUUGUGGUGAUGUUAAUGUCUGAAAGUGAAAGUGAUAUGGAGAUGGUAAUGACUAAAUGUAAUUUGGGGAUGGUGGUGGGUGGCUUUGUUGUGAUAUUUAUGACUGAAUGUGAUAUGGGGAUGAUGAUGACUGAAUGUAAUUUGGGGAUGGUGAUAGUCGUGUAUAUUUUGGUGGUGAUGACAUCUGAAAAAUAG